GGCAUUUUUUUUACCUUUAGUGUACUGUAUGUUCCUAGAAGGUUCUGUUUGUAAAUAUUUUGAGUUUUUAUUAUUAUUAUUAGUAGUAGUUGUUGUUGUUGUGAUAUAAAAAUUCAAUUAUUUUUUAUUUAUUUGGAUUAAUUAUUGAUUAAUUUGCCAACCAACAGUGGGUUGAGUGGGUUGUCACAGUUUUUGGAAGUUGGGGCAACAAGAAAAGAAAUAAGGUUGGUUGUUUUGAUUAAUUGAAGGUUUAUAGUGAUCCUAGUUUGAUUAUUGAUUAAACUGUGACUAUAUGUUUUUUAUCUUCAGCCCUAAAAAGUAAAAUCCUCAGAGUUGAUUCCUUAAGACAAAAUCUUCUUGAAUCGAGGGUCUGUUGUGUAAAGUGCAUCUACUGUGGGGGUACCGGGCAUGAAAAGGUUUGAGAACCCCUGAUCAAAGUCGCUGGUCUACAAAAUAACAGAAAAUAAUGUAAAAUGACGAUAAGAUGUUCCUAGAACUCAUAACAGUGUCGGCUUCACAUUUCUGUCCUUGUUGCAUGUCGGUAGUCACCCAUUCUGAGUUAUAUUGACAUAAAGUGUUAGUGCUCUACAAACAGAUCGGCACACUACUGGCCGUACUAAUCACAGACCUGCUCCAUAUGUUUACCAUUCAGUUAUUCUACUGAAGAAUGAAAAUACAGGCCCACCUCUGUGUUGAGCACAAUGGUUGAGUAGCUCCUCUGUCCUCUGGGCUACUUCAGCUUCAUAAGGAGACUGUUUCACCUCGUUUGUAAAAUACAUCACUGGAAUUAACUUGUCACUGAAGACCUUCCCUUCAAACUAUUGGUAUCUUCCAGAGUAAGAAGUAAAGUAAGUAAACAAACUCUCUGGGUUAAAAAGCUUUAAGAAACACUGCCAGAGUAGCAGAGCUGCACACAGCAUGUCCUCUGUCAGCGUAGUAAUUUGAAGGCAGACAAGUUCUGCAAGUGAAGUCAGUAAAAAACAGCUGGUUUGGGCAGAUAUGAGCCAUUCAAAUGUCUACAAGACGCCGGUAGAGCUUACACAAAAAUCUGGAUUCCCAAAUAAGUGUUUCUAUUUUUUUUACUUUGGACUACAUUUCAGAGGGGAAUAUUGUGGUUUUUACUUCACUGCAGUUACUUUUUGCAGAUCAAGACAUGCAAAACGACGAGUUAGGCAGGAUAGAAAAUAUGAUACAUCAUUAAAUAAUACUACUCUGGCUUCACUUUGCAGCUACAAUAAAAAUACUUCUUAUAUUGUAGAGUCAGUAAUGAUGACCUAUUAAUAUGAAUUACAUAGUAAUAUAACACUCUGAAAGGAUCAGUAAUUUUUCCUUCUGACAUCUGUGAUACUUUUUCAAGCAAAGUCUUCUUUUGUUUUUUUUUAAUUGUUUAAUUAUUUUGCGAAGUAUUCUGCUUUAAAUUAUGGAUCUAAAUAGUUUACCCACUAUUGCAUCUGUGUGUCAGAGAUGGAGCAAAGCACAUUCGCCUUCAUACUGACCUUAAGUACAGUUUUAAUGUAAUGGUACUUUACUUUUGUGAGGCUUUAAAUUUUUCCGCCACUGCAUUUCAGUGGGAAAUUGUAUUGUUUUUUAAUCUAUGUUUAUUAUUGUAUAUGUGGAAUUUUACAAACAAAAUGGCAGAAAAUCAGAAAAAACAGCCUUGUUUUAGUCAGUCUUUAAGAUUUAAUACAAUUCUAGAGGUGAAAAGGGUAAACUCAAUGAGAAGGAUGUCAUUACACUAGUAAAUAUAGCCUUAAAUUGUCUUUUACUAAUCAAAAUUUUAGUGCUAUUUGUUUAAUUUCUGACUAUUUAAGUACAGUUUUCAAAGCAGAACUUAUUCAUCCAUUGUAGUGUUGCGUCUGAGCACUUUGUAUACCACCACUUGUGUGUGCAUGUGUAAGUAUUGCCUCAGGGUCCAUAAAAACACUUUUGCACCAUCUGCUUCACUGUAGGUGGGCGACUUGACCAGAGAAGAAGAAUACGAAGCAAGAGCACAACUCCUCUCUCACUUCCGGCUUUGCUUAGCGCCGUAAAAUCUUUCUCGUUUUACGUAGUUUUUUAAAAUAAAUAUUGAUCUUUUUUAAAAUUAUCCUUGUGUAGUGUUGUGAACGAGACUUAAUACGACUUGUACAUUUCACCAGUGUGUAUUUAAAUUGUUUAUGAGAUUGUGAAUGACUGUUUUGCAUUAAUGUUCACCUUUGCGUGCAAUAUGCAGACUAUAAGAAGGGGAAAGACAAACAAAACAUAUACAAUAGAUUAUAUUAAUAUAUUUAAAUAGUUAUUUUAAUGUUAUAUUUCAGACACUGACAGUAGGUUUCAGACGGUAUGGGGUGUACGACACGGAAGCAGUAACUUAUUUCAUCUCGUUGUGUAUCUUUGUCCACAGAGGAGGAGAGCUGUGAUUUGUUGCUGUUUUUAUAGCAACGCGAGACUCUGAUGAUCGGACGACAGGGGCCUGGAUGAAAUGUAUUUAUAUUGUGUGUUGGACACACUGGAUUGCGGUUGAUCAGCCUCCGGACGCUGUCAGUCAAUUGAUUAAUCCCUUAAACCAUUUGUUGAUCAGCGAUUACGAAUGCUCGGAUAUGUGUGGUUGUCGAUUUGACGCGAGGAGGCUAGAAGGAGGCAAGUCCAUGACACCAUGAGUCCUCCAGCUCUGCCAGUGGUCUUCUGCUGUUGUCACAGGAAGAUUUGGUUGCAUUCAGCAGCCGGAAGCAAACGCAGCUCCUUUCUCCACCCGAUUAUUAUCUGCCCCCGUAAGUUGCUAUGGAAGGACGAGCAUAAUGAAUAGAUACACCACCAUCAGACAGCUCGGGGAUGGCACCUACGGCUCCGUCAUCCUCGGCCGCAGUCUGGAGUCCGGAGAGCUGGUUGCCAUAAAGAAAAUGAAAAGAAAAUUCUACUCGUGGGAAGAAUGCAUGAACCUUCGUGAAGUCAAGUCUUUAAAGAAACUCAACCAUGCUAAUGUGAUCAAACUUAAGGAGGUAAUUCGAGAAAAUGAUCACUUGUACUUCAUAUUUGAGUACAUGAAGGAAAAUUUGUAUCAGCUAAUGAAAGACAGGACUCGGUUGUUCCCUGAAUCUGCUGUAAGAAAUAUUAUGUUUCAGAUACUUCAGGGGCUCGCAUUCAUUCAUAAACACGGGUUCUUUCACAGGGACAUGAAACCGGAGAAUCUUCUGUGCAUGGGCCCAGAGCUGGUGAAAAUAGCCGACUUUGGGCUUGCCCGAGAAAUCAGAUCGCGACCACCAUACACAGACUAUGUCUCGACACGAUGGUACAGAGCCCCGGAGGUGCUCCUCAGAUCCACAUCCUACAGCUCACCCAUAGACCAGUGGGCAGUUGGUUGCAUCAUGGCAGAGCUUUAUACACUCAGGCCUCUUUUCCCAGGCUCCAGUGAAGUAGACACCAUAUUCAAGAUUUGCCAAGUCUUGGGUACACCAAAGAAGAACGAUUGGCCAGAGGGAUACCAACUGGCAAGUGCUAUGAAUUUCCGUUGGCCUCAGUGUGUUCCCAGUAAUCUGAAGACACUGAUCCCGAAUGCGAGUCCUGAAGCAAUCCAUCUGAUGACAGACCUGCUUCAGUGGGAUCCCAAGAAGAGGCCAGCUUCAGCCCAGGCUCUCAGGUACUCUUACUUCCACGUGGGCCAGGCUUUGGGCACUCCUCAGCAGAUCCUGGAGCAGGGCAGACCUCAGCCAGGCCUUGUGCCGCUGCAGGCUCCUUUGCAGUCACAACAGACGCUGCAGCAGCAACAACCCCUGCUGCUUAAGCCCGUGCCCCCCUCCCAGCCUCCACCUCCCAACCAACACUGCUCCCCCUCCAGGCCUCUCCAGCAGAUCCAGCCCUCCCCUGUAUCCGCCGCCGCCCAGGCAGCAGCGUACCAACGGCACACAGAGCUGGCGCGAGAGCAGCAAACGAAGCACAUCCUAAAGCAGGAACAGACGUCACAAGGAACGCCACAGAGCCACCUUCCUUACAUUGUUGACAAGAGUCUCCAGAGCAAGCAAACGAGACAGGAGUCAGAAAAUGCCAACCUGCUGAGCUAUCAGCUGAAACCGAAAGGAGGGCGGCGGCGUUGGGGCCACGGCACAGGACACCUGAAGGGUGAAGACUGGGACGACUACGAAGAAACUGAUCUGACCUCCAUAAGUAUUCUCGGGAAAAGUAACUUCUCCGCAGAGAAGUCGAGGCAGGGGGAGGAUGCACUGAGCAGAUAUGGAAAUGUUCUGGAUUAUAGUCGGCCCAAAGGAAAAGAAGAUGCACCCUUAAACCUGAACAAGACCACAGCCUACCAAGAGCCAUCAAGAACUGCUUCUGCUAAACAGCAUUACUUGAGGCAGUCAAGAUAUUUACCUGGCAUUAGUACAAAGAAGAACGUGGCCAUAAAUGCUAGUAAAGACUUCACUGGCAGCCAUCUUUGGGGCAACAGUGGUAUUCCAUUUGGAGGGACUCUACCGAGCAGAGGCGCUCACGGUACAAAUACAAUCCCGGGCGGAUACAUGCCGUCGUUUUACAAAAAAGACCUUGGUUCUGCUGGUCACCGGGUGCAUCAGGGCCCUUCAGCGGAAUCAACAGCGUCAAAUUAUGCAACAUGGCAGUCUGGCCGGAGUCCGAUGAACACCUCUGCCAACGUGCUAUUGGCCAACAAGAGCACCCCUGGUCUGCUGCCUCGCCCACCGGUACAGACCAUCCACGGGCGAACAGACUGGUCUGCCAAAUAUGGACACCGCUAGUGCCCUCCCUGGAGCUCCGAUCCGUGCCCUGGAACUCUUUCUCACCUCCAAAGAGUAGGCCUAGUUGUUUUAUAAUGAAAGAAUCUGUACAUACAUCUUACACAGCAAUAAUUUGGUUCUUUUUUUUCAUUAUGUGUAUUAUGGGUGUCGUGCGUUGUGAGAUAUCUGUAUGUGUAUGUGUGUAUAGCUAAAUGCAACCAGCCAAAAUUUGAGCCCAGAUUUACUCCUCAGUGUUAUAGUUUGUAUUUCUGUAACAUAACUGCUGUCCUUACAGAGGUUACAACCUGUACCCUCAGUUUUGUAUCAGAUUUAUCAUUGAAUGUUGUUCACCAACCUGUAUACAUAAUAUAUGCAUAUUAUACAUUUAUGAAAACUUCACUGUGACUUGUUUUUGGCUAACUAAUUACUUUGCCUCUGUACAGUACAGUAUUUUCUUUUUUUAUACAUCCCUGCUGUAAUUUCUUUUAUGUGUAGCCUUAUCAAUCAGGUAACUUUUUAUUUGUGCAUUUUAAUGAAAUUCAAGGCAGUGCUUUAAUUUCAGUAAAAAUGAGUACAGUGCAAGUUGUUGCCACACUGUAUGAAUCUGUUUUUGGAAGUAAAAUGAUCUGAGUUAACAUGUUCAACUCCUUUGGCCAAACUGAGUGUGAUUAUUGCCAGUUAUUGAGUAUAAUUAAACAUUUGAUUGCGU